GGAGGCAGGGCCCUGGGAGCUCUGCCCACGGCAUCCUCCCCUAGGGCUUUUUCAGCAGCAGAGGACACGCGUCCAAGGGCCUCUGCUUGGCCUGACCCUGCCUCGGGGGCUCUCUGUCCCCACUGACACUGAGAUGGCAAGUUUGUUGAGCACCUCUCUGCCCAGCUGCCUCCCCUCCCUCCUCCUCGUCCUCCUCCAGCUGUCUUCCAGCUCUGCAGGACAGUUCAGAGUAAUAGGACCAGGGCACCCAAUCCGGGCACUGGUGGGGGACGAAGUGGAAUUGCCAUGUCGCAUCUCGCCUGGAAAGAAUGCUACAGGCAUGGAAGUGGGAUGGUACCGGCCCCCCUUCUCCAGGGUGGUUCAUCUCUACCGAAAUGGCAAGGACCAAGAUGAAGAGCAGGCGCCUGAAUACCGGGGCCGGACAGAGCUGCUGAAAGAGACUAUUGGGGAGGGGAAGGUGACCCUCAGGAUCCGGCAUGUAAGGUUCUCAGAUGAAGGAGGUUUCACCUGCUUCUUCCGAGAUCAUUCUUACCAAGAGGAGGCAGCGAUGGAAUUGAAAGUGGAAGAUCCCUUCUACUGGAUCAACCCCGGCGUGCUGGUUCUCAUCGCGGUUCUGCCUGUGCUCCUCCUGCAGAUCACCGUGGGCCUCGUCUUCCUCUGCCUGCAGCGCAGACUGAGAGGAAAACUUCGAGCAGAGAUCGAGAAUCUCCACCGGACUUUUGAUCCCCACUUUCUGAGAGUGCCCUGCUGGAAGAUAACCCUGUUUGUGAUCGUGCCAGUUCUCGGACCCCUGGUGGCCUUGAUCAUCUGCUACAACUGGCUCCACCGCAGACUAGCAGGGCAAUUUCUUGAAGAGCUCAGAAACCCUUUCUGAACCCCUUCUGGGAGGGGUGCUGAAGAGCCUGGUUGGUCCAAGGGUUGGUCCUUGGGGCUGUCGCAUCCAGCAAGUUGCACACUCAUCGGCCUCUUUGCUGUGGGGACAUUCCCAUUUGCACUUCCAGGAAUUCGCUGAGUUCCAAACAGGAUCGAUUUCUAUUUCUCUUCCUCCUCCAUCAUCUACCUUGUCUCCCCUCCCCCAGCUCCUCCCCUCCUCUCCCCCCUGCGCUACCACCUGGAAGCCCCCCCUGGCUAUAGCCUGGCAGCUGCUCUUCUCUCCAUCAGAGGACACCGGUGCCAGGGGGUAACACAGACAGGAGGCUCUCUGCCAUGAACCAGAGACCAGGAAUCUCCUCGUUGCCAAUUACAGCAUGCCAGCUUUGCAAAUGGCAGUCAUUUCGUCUAAGACCUCAGCCCUGGUGGGCAGAGCUGAGAGGUGCGGAGGGUUGAAGGGAAGGAGCAGGAAAAAGUCCAAAACAUCCGAGAGAGCCAAGCGAGCUGCAGAGUGAGGACACGGAGAGCCCUAACCAAAAACUAGAGGAACCCAGAAAAUGCUGGCCAGAGCUCCAUCUGGCUCGGGGAGGCCGGGCAGCCUCCUGAGGAGGCGGAAGGGAAUGGGGAUGGAACCCGCCAACCCGCCUGCUUUAGUGCUUCCCUUCUGCUUCCACAGCUCAUCCGCUUUGGUCCCUCAGGCUCUCUCCCUCCUCUCAUCCUUCUCCCAUCUGCUUCCCUAUUGCAACAGCCACUGUUUUAUUUAACUCUUACUACUUGAUGGUCUAUUCCAGACAAAGAAACAAGCUAGGUGCUAAUUCAUAACAA